ACGAGAGAAGACGGGCCAGCCUCCCAAAGCUCCCAAGGCCGAUCCAAAAGCUCAGUCCGAAAAGAUAGUACCCGACAUGGCACCAUCCACACAAGGAAAGUCGAGGGAAACGGGUAUAUCAAAGCCCUCGGCAGCUGCCACCAAGAAAUUCGGGGCGAAUGAGUCUUUUAAAAGACGUCCAGACGAAAAAGGACAUGGGAAGAGCCAGCAGAAAGGGCGCCAAGUCAACAAUGGUCACAAGGGAAGGCCGCCAACGGCACCGGUUGGUAAAGCGGGCAGCCGUAGCGCAGCCAGGUCACGAAAUGUUCUCCUCCGUGAGAUAUUAUCUAUGGGAGGAAAUGAGGGCGAUUUGGAUCUUAUCCACGACGCACUGAGUGGAUCGGAGGCUGAAGACGAGGGCGCUCCAUCGUCAUCGAAAGCAAAUCCUGCCGCAUUGGAGAAAGAAAAGCUGGAUGUUGAUGAGAUUGCGCUCUUGGCGGACUUACAGGCUUUCAUGAAGGUGGAUUUGAAGCUUGAUCCAAAGCGGAGUAAAAUCAUCGAAGUCGAGGAUGACGAGGAGGCCGAUGAGGAAGGGAAGGAGGAUGUAAAAGACUCUGACAGAGAUGAAGGGGAGGACGAGGAGGAGGCCGAAGACGAGGACGAUGAUGAUACGCUGGACAAAUCUAGCACCGCAGCCAAUGGGGCUGCCUUUGGUGUGCAGGAGAGCGAUAGCCUGGAGGAGGAGGACACAAUCGCUGCCACAAAGUAUGGCAAAGAAGACGCCAGUCAGGUCCGCGAUAUGGUAUCGCAACUACUCAAGGGUCAGACGAUAGACGAUAAACUGAGCCGGAAGCUGGCCUUUGAUCCUGUAAGCAAAUGGUUUACCGUGGCUUUACCUCCCAUCGAAGCCACGUCGCCAGCAAAAGCUGCAACGGUCGACGAAACAUUCAUCCUCGCUCAGUACCAUCGCGCCGAAGUAUUAUAUCAGCAAGAAGUAGAGAAAUUCGAGAAAUCCAAGUCGAUGUCGUCCGCUGACAAAGAGUUCAUCGGGACCGUGUUGAAAUCCGGAACAGUGACGGACAAAGUUUCUGCUUUGACGCUUUUGGUGCAGGAAUCACCUCUUCAUACCCUCGGACAUUUGCGUGAUCAGCUCGUGAAUGGCAUGGCGAGAAAGAAAGCGAGGAGGGAGGCUGUCAUGGCCAUCGACAGUGUGAAGGACUUGCUUCUGGGUAGCGUUCUACCGGAUCGGAAGCUCAAAUAUUUCCGAGAUCAGCCUUUAGACUCAAAGUCGGUGAAGCCUGUGCAUUUGAUUGCAUGGUAUUUUGAGGAUGGCUUGAAGAAGAUAUACUUCGAUUUCAUCAAGUUACUGGAAGAGCUGGGACGAGACCCAUUAUUACACGUCAAGAACAAGAUGAUUCAGUACAUCUUCGAUCUUCUGGCAGCGAAACCCGAGCAAGAGCAGAAUCUGCUGUCUCUCCUAGUCAACAAGCUCGGCGAUCAGGAGCGCAAGCUCGCCUCCAAGUCCGGGCAUUUGCUCUCCAAGCUUUUGCUCCAGCAUCCCGUCAUGAAGCUUGUCGUCAUAAAGGAAGUCGAGCGUCUUCUUUUCCGUUCAAACAUCAGUGAUAGAGCUCGGUAUUACGCUAUCACCUUCUUGAACCAAAUUGUAUUCAGUCAUAAGGAACAGGAUGUUGCCGCUGCUAACCGACUUAUCGACGUAUACUUUGCGGUUUUCGACAGUCUCGGCAAAAGGAAAGCGGAAUCUGACGCCGAGAAGGAGGCAAAGACAAAGAAGAAAGAUAGGUGGCGCGACGGCAAGAAAGGGAAGGGGAAUGCUGGCAAAGGCCAGAAGGGUCAGGCACGGAAGACCGGGAAGGACCAACCUCAGGAGGCAGUCGAGAGUACAGCGCCCGUAGGGGAGGUGGAUGGCAUCGACGCAAAAAUGAUGGCCGCUCUUUUGACCGGAAUCAAUCGAGCCUUCCCAUUUGCCGAGAUCCAAGACGAUGUCUUCGACUCGCACAUGGCCACUCUCUUCCGGAUCACUCACAUUGGCACAUUCAACACAUCCAUUCAAUCCCUUUCCCUCAUUUUCCAAGUUCAAUCUGGACGACAGUCCCUUUCCGACCGGUUUUACCGCACAUUAUACGGUACCCUGCUGGACCCGCGCUUGUACAUCGCUUCGAAGCAGGCCAUGUACCUCAAUCUAGUCUUCAAAGCUUUGAAGGCUGACACCUCCGAACACCGUGUCAAGGCAUUUGUGAAGCGCAUGAUUCAAAUAUGCGCGAUUGCAAACGUCCCUUUCGUUUGCGCUACACUCUUUUUGAUUGGCGAGGUUGGGAAAGCGAGACCUGGAUUGUGGACAAUGAUAAACAUGCCGGAGGAGGACGCGGAGGGCGACGUUGAGAAAUUCGUUGAUGCGGACGAGCCUGAGUUCACCACUCUCUCUGAGAAGGAAGCUGAGGUUCCGAGCGCGCAGGAGCGUACGGCCAUGGACUCGCGGAAACAGGUGACGCCAUACGACGGUCGUAAACGUGAUCCCUUGUUUGCCGGGGCGGAAUCGUCUUGCCUCUGGGAGCUUUGCCAGUUCGCCACCCAUUUUCAUCCGACUGUCGCUCUCUACGCGUCUACGCUUCUCUCUGGUCAACCAAUCGUACCUCCAGCGAAUACGAAGAAUUACGACCCACUCCAGAACCACACUCUGCAGCGGUUCCUAGACCGCUUCGUUUUCAAAAACCCAAAAAAGGUUGAGUCUGCAUAUAAGGGAUCUAGUCUUAUGCAGCCUCGUGUAGCUGGUUUGAAUGACGGUCCUAAGGACGAAGAUCGGAUCAUCAGUGCUGCCAGGAAGCGUGGGGUCCUCGUGCAGAACGACGACGUUGGAACGGUUGCAUUGGAUGACGGACCUGUGCAUUUACGAGCAAAAGCUUGGGUGCAAAGCAAUGGAGAAGGGGUACCCGUUGACGAGGCCUUCUUUUACGAGUUCUUCAAGCAGAAGCAAGUCGUCACGGGCUCAAAUAAAGACAAGAAAAGCAAAAAGAUUCCAGAUGAGCUUCUGGACGCUUCAGACGCCUUUGGCGAUAGGGAGGUCGACGACGAAGAGGAUGAUGAAGGGGAAGAUGGCGAAGAACUUGACGAGGAUGAAGUUUGGAAGGCUAUGCAAAAGUCCGUCGGCUUCAGCGAAGAGAUGGAGGGAUCCGAACUCGAUGAUGACGAAGACAGCGGCGAUGAGGAUGAUUUUGAGAUGUUUGACGAUGCCACCGGCGACGCCUCAACAGACGACGAUGACGAAAAUGAAGAUGUAAACAUCGAAGACGUCUUCCGCAAAAUGGACGGGUUGGGCGCCGGUGACGAGGAUGACGGGGGAGACAUGGCUGAUUGGGCGGCGGCCAGCAAUGAUGAAGCAAGCGGUGACGAUUGGCAGACGGAAACCGACCAGAACUCAGAAGACGACGGCGCUGACGUGGCAACUCCUGCAGAUGUGACGGAUGACGAAGCCGAGAACAGCGAUGUUGAGAUGGAGGUUGACGGACCAAUGUUUGAGAACUUCUCGGAGUGGGUGACAGGCGACGAAGAUCAAGACAUCUCCGCCUCCGAAGAUGAAGGCCAAUCGGCCAAGUCGAAGGACAAGGCCAAAAAGAAAAAGCCGUCUAAGCUUGCCGUGAAGGCGGAAGCUCUAGGCUACAAGGGCGACUUCUUCGGCUCGAAAGGGAAGUCGGGGCUGGGCAGUGGGUUGGGAGCGUUUGCGAGUGCGGAAGAGUUCGAGAAGUUGCUGGAAGCCAAUGAUGGGCUUGAUGAAGAUGAUGUCGGAGGGGAGGAUGAUGCGGGGUCGCGGCCAAGACGGGGCAAGAUGGGCGGCGGUAACAAGAGGAAGAGAAGUCAGAGUCAGGGGCCAAAAGCAUCGCAUGCACCUGGGAAAAAGUCUAGGAAGCGCUAGAAGGACGUAGAUUUUUUUGCGUAGUAACUAUUUAUUUGCACCCACUUUCAUUCCAUCAUGCACUGUACAUAGUACGUUAUCAGUUAUCAUUGUCUUCGAAUCAUGGCACUGAAUUCAUGGCGCUAUCGUCUAUCCAGUCCCGCAGGAG